UUUGUUAAUACGAAUACACAAAAUGCCACCAAAAGUUGAUCCAAGUGAAAAAGUUGAAGUCUACCUCAGAGUAUGUGGUGGUGAAGCCGGUGCUAUGUCCACCCUUGCCCCAAAAUUAGGUCCACUUGGUGUUUCCCCAAAGAAAGUUGGUGAUGAAAUUGCCAAAGCCACCCAACCAUGGAAAGGUAUGAAAGUUUCAGUCAAAUUAACCAUCCAAAACAGAGUUGCCACCCCAGAAGUUUUACCAACUGCCGCUUCCCUUGUUAUCAAAGCCCUCAAAGAACCACCAAGAGACAGAAAGAAGGAAAAGAACAUUAAACACACUGGUAACAUUCAAAUCGAAGAAAUCUUCAAGAUUGCCCAAACCAUGAGAAACAAAUCUUUAGCUGUUGACUUCAAAGGUACAGUCUUAGAAAUCUUAGGUACUUGUGUCUCAGUUGGUUGCAGAAUUAACGGUAAACCAGCCAAAGAAAUCCAAAAAGCCAUCCAAGAAGGUUCAGUCGAAGUCCCAUCAAACUAAAUUCGAUUUUAAAUUAUACCCACCUUUAAAAUAAAUUGAUUUCUAGUUUAACGACGUAAAUAAAUAAAAUAAAAUUUUUU